GCAUUCCUCUCUUUCUACCGACCACCCAGCCCACAAUUCAACAGGAUUAUUUCAUCUCAUUGUUCUCCCAUACGCUCUGCCUUCUAUAUUUAUAAUGUCAUCCUGGCUAAAUCUGUUCGGCGGAAGGAAGGAUCCAAAGAGUACUGCCCGUGAUGCUAUCGUCAACUUGCGUCAACAGCUCGGGAUGCUGGAGAAGAAGGAAGAGUUUACACAGAAGAAGAUUGACGAGGCAAUGAGGACAGCAAGAGCGAAUGCUGUUUCAAAUAAGAGCGCUGCGACCAUGGCAUUACGACGGAAGAAAGCGCUUGAGACCGAUUUGGAACGCAUAGCGAAUACCCGGUUGACUCUUGAAGGCCAAGUAAAUGCCUUAGAGAGCGCCAAUAUUAACCAGGAAACAAUGGGGGCAAUGAAGCGUGGUUCAGAAGCACUGAAAGUUAUACACCAAGGAUUAACUAUUGACAAGGUCGAUGCCACUAUGGAUUCAAUUCGCGAACAAAUGGAGCUCACGAACGAGAUCUCGGAUGCCAUUGCCAAUCCUAUCAAUAUGGGAGUUGAUAUAGACGAGGACGAGCUGAAAGAACAGUUGGCGGAGCUAGAACAAGAAGAACUCGACAACAAGCUCAUGGGCGCGGAACGAGCUCCAGUUCAUGCCCCUAGCGAGCCAUCACGGGUUGCUGCAGCACCACAGAAGACUUCCGAAGAGGACGAGGAGGAAGCACAACUACGCGCAUUGCAAGCAGAGAUGGCAAUGUAGGCGUUCGCGUUUUCAUCUCUUUGUUUAUCGCCUGGUCCUCAUGGCUGCAGUGUGUGGCCGUCCUUCCUGUAUUCCUUAACCAUAUUUCCGUGUUCUUUCUUUGUCACAUGUUUCACUACGCAUAAUGAAAAAGACAGAAGAC